AUGGAACCUCCAGAGGAGCUGGAAUGCAGUUCAGAAGUAGCUCCUGUGAGACUAUCAGAGAACCUGGAGGUCGAACAGAAGCCUGCGGUUGAACCCCGGGGGCCAGAGAGGGUGAUCCCUGAAAGAGUGGUCUUACCUGUCGCACCACCGCCACAGGAGAAAGAUGGGGGAGAGCCGCUGGUCUUCCUGGAGGUGUUAAACCAGGAGAUGAAGAGUGAAUCCUUCCCUCACAACUUCACCGUUUGCUUCUCAACCAUGUUUGACUUCACCAACACACUGCAGCUGGUCCAGAGCAUCGAGAUGCUGCGACUCCUGGGUGUCACUCGAGUGGUCGUCUACAAGACCAACUGCAGUUCUAAAACACAGGUGCUAUUGGACUACUACCAAAACACAGGUCUUGUGGAGGUGAUUCCAUGGCACUUGUCCAGCCUGAUGAAUGUGUCUAGGGGUUGGCAGCCUCAGUACAGCCCCGGUCAGAUGCACUACUAUGGUCAGAUCCCUGCCCUGACUGACUGCGUCUACAGAUACAUGUACCGCUCCAAAUACCUGGCCCUCCACGAUAUGGAUGAGCUCAUACUGCCACAAACGGUGGACAGCUGGGGGGAGCUGCUUCCUCUUCUGGAGCAGCAGCUUGGCUCCGACUUCGGUUACUUGUUCGAGAACAGCGUUUUUCCUGUCACCGCCAGCCUCCCUCCUCCCCCGUCCUCGCUGUCCCCCAAUCUCCCGCAUGGCUGCUGCCCCGCCUGGAAGGAUGUGCCCGGCGUGAACAUCCUGGCACACCUGUACCACGAACCCGUCAACCAGUGGACUCACAGCAACUUUAAGAUGAUAAUCAACCCCCGAGCUGUGUUCCGCCCCACUGUCCAUGGCCUGCUGAGCUCACAGAAGGGCCACGUUUGGGUUAGCGGCGACAUUGCACGCAUGUACCAUACAAGAGCACCGAUGGAGACCAAGCUGACUCCAGACCAGCUCAUAUAUGAUAGCCGACUGCUUGGUUACAGUGACCGCCUGAUCCUUGCUGUCAACACUGUCCUCGAAGAGACAGGACUCGUUCAGGAAGAGGAUACACAACAGCUGGAAGGGGAUUGCACUUGA